CUUGUAGCCUUUGUAGAGAGAGGAUGUGCGUCUCUCGGCCUCGCUCGCACAUUCUUUAGCCGCCUUGGUUAUUUUUAUUUUUAUUUUUUUAUUUUAUGAAAUCGUCGCUGUGAGUGAUUUGAUAAUUAAUAGUUUACUGAUUUGUGAAGAAAAGGAAAGAGAGAAACUAUACCCACACGUGCCUUGGAAAUCCUUGCUUUAUUUUGUCGUCUUCGUCUGCUCAAACUCCCACGAAUGUGAGAACAAGAACACGGAAGAACGGAAAAGCAGAAAAAUCCGCCACAAGAACGCUGGAAGGAAGAAGGAUAACAGGAGAAACAAGAAAUAACCACACACGCCUCGCGCCCUCCACCCGCCCCUUCCACCGCAUUCUUAUUUUCCGCCCCCUUCCCCCCAUUCAUGAUUUUUAAACAAUUAGCAACUAAAACACCCAUUGACAGAAUCUUGAUCGCGUUCAUUCAUAAAUCCGUGUGUCGUCGGGAGGGUUGGCACACCUCAACCCUCCUUAUUUUACACAUUUGAUUCCCUCGCUUCACAACUGGUCACCCUCGUGACACUAGUAAAAACCUUCAACAAAAUCAACCUCCAAUUACAACAUUCUGCUGUCACCUAUCGGAAGGAAUUUUUGAAAAAAGUUCAUACACUCACCAGCCCUCAAAAACUUCCUCUCCCCUCUUCUUCCUUCCUCCCCUCUACCCAUCCGAGAGUACUCAUUAUCUCAUCUCCCAUUCUCAAUCGGACGAACUGGGAUUUACCUUCCCCAUUCCCCAUUUGUUUAAAAAAAAUAGACACCGCGUUCAUUCAUAAAUCCCUUGUCGCGUCGAGAGUGUUGGCAUACCUCCUCCCAGCGCCGUUUCCCCUCACUCGCUUCCCCAUUGCCCUGCAGCCAGUCCGAUUCGGCCUCCCCAUUCCCCAUUAAUCCACAAAUCCUUCCUACCUGACCGCGUUCAUUCAUAAAUCCCUUGUCGCGUCGGGAGUGUUGGCACACCUCUCCCCAACCUUGUUCCCCUCUCCGCCUCCCCCUCCCCCCCAGCCAGCCCGGUUCGGCCUCCCCACUCCCCAUUAAUCCCCAAGGCCCCACUCGGCGAGUGCACAAAUCCCCCCCUCCCUGACCGAGUUCAUUCAUAAAUCCCGUGCGGCGUCGGGAGGGUUGGCCGCCCUGGCUCGCACUCCAAGAUGGCGACGAGCGGCAAGCCUCGCCACGGGCAGCCCAAGAACAUCUCCUCGCUCAUCUCGCGUCUCCACGGGGCCUUCGCCGAUGCCAUGGCGCCGCCCAAGCUCGUCAUAGACAGACGGACCUUAGAGAAAACUUGGAAGCUCAUGGACAAAGUGGUAAAGCAGUGCCAGCAGACCAAGAUGAACCUGAAGAACUCGCCUCCCUUCAUCUUGGAUAUUUUGCCUGACACUUACCAGCACUUGAGGCUCAUUUACACCAAAUACGAGAACAGUCUCCACACUCUCAACAAUAACGAGUAUUUUAAGGUCUUUGUGGAGAACAUGAUGCGCAAGUGCAAGCAGGCGCUACGCCUCUUCAAGGAGGGCAAGGAGAUGAUGUUUGAUGAGAGCUCGCACUACAGGCGCAACCUGACGAAACUCUCACUGGUCUUCUCGCACAUGCUGUCAGAGCUCAAGGCCACCUUCCCCCAGGGCUCCUUUGCGGGCGACCAGUUCCGGAUCACCAAGGGCGAUGCAGCAGAUUUUUGGAAAAAGUGCUUUGGAGACAGAACGGUGGUGCCUUGGAGAUACUUCCGUGACACACUGAGUGAGGUGCACCCCAUAGGCUCAGGGCUGGAGGCCAUGGCGCUAAAAUCCACCAUAGACCUGACCUGCAAUGAUUACAUAUCCAGUUUCGAGUUCGAUGUCUUCACCAGACUAUUCCAGCCGUGGCCAACGUUGUUAAGCAACUGGCAGAUCCUAGCAGUCACACAUCCGGGUUACGUUGCCUUCCUCACAUAUGAUGAGGUCAAAGCCAGAUUACAAAAAUAUAUUAACAAACCGGGAAGUUAUGUGUUCCGACUGUCAUGUACACGGCUGGGCCAGUGGGCCAUUGGCUACGUGACGAGUGAUGGCAGUAUCCUUCAAACCAUUCCGCAGAAUAAGUCCCUCUGUCAGGCGCUCCUCGAUGGACACAGAGAAGGAUUUUAUUUGUAUCCCGACGGGCGGAAUAUAAAUCCAGACUUGUCUUGGGUUGUACAAGACACUCCAGAGGACCAUAUAAAGGUUACUCAAGAACAGUACGAGUUGUACUGUGAAAUGGGGUCCACAUUCCAGCUUUGCAAAAUCUGUGCAGAAAACGACAAGGAUAUUAGAAUAGAACCGUGUGGCCAUCUCCUCUGUACGCCGUGUUUAAUGUUAUGGCAGGAUUCAGAAGGCCAGGGCUGCCCCUUCUGCCGAGCAGAGAUCAAGGGAACGGAGACAAUCAUAGUGGACCCGUUUGACCCCCACAAACAGCACCGCACGCAAUCUCUGUCUAGUGGUCAGCUGAUAUAUAUGGAGGAGGAGGAUGAGGCUGCCCAGAAAGACCAACGCCCCCGCGAGGACGAAGUCGCGGCCACAGGCGACGGCGGCGAAGCUUCCGGGACUUCGGCGAGAGGCAAGGAGAGUCCUGAGGCCGGGCAGAAGCCGUCGGCAGCCCCGGCGAGAGGCGCGGGCGGCGUGGCGGCCGCGCCGAAGAAGCGACCCGCCGCAAAGUCCAAAUGGUAUUUCGAAGGCCCCGAGGCGAGCGACCCGCCGAAGGUCCCCAGCAGAACCGCAGCAGGCGCCGAACCGAGACGCCCGCCGUCCAAGUCGUCGUCGGCGUCGUCCACGCCGUCGCCCGGAGCCAAGAGGGCGAGCAAACCCGUGGUCGGGCGCCCGAGGUCUCACGAGAUCGCGAAGACGGCGUCGCUGAAGGGACGGCAGGACGCGAGGAGGUCGCUGGACCUGCUGGCGGGGGAGAGCCACACGAAGCCCCGACGGCCUCCGCCUCCGGUGCCCCAGAGCGACGACGAGGACGAAGGAGAGGAAGAGGAAGAGAAAGAACAAAAACGAGAAAACGAGGAGGCAAGACCUCCGCCUAUCCCUCCUCUGCCCUCCUUCCUCCGCAACCUUAGAAUGCCUCCGAGGUCCUCCUCGACCUACUCGCUUUCGUCGUCCAGCUCCUCCGCUUGCUCCUCCCCGUCUCUCUCCCGAGCGGCCCGAGGAGGAGAGGAAACAGAGAAAGAUGGAAGGGACCGAAAUAGAGAGAAAGCUGAAGAAGCUGCUGCCCUCCUUCGACGACAAGGACAUGAGCGACGAGGAGGCGGUCCUCCCGCAGCCGCACGAGCUCGAGGGCAAGGACGUGAGCGCCCUGAUGCGCUUCGUGGGGGCCAGCUGCGAGGGGAGCGGCGCGUUCCCGAACCUCGUCUACGAGUACAGCGAGCUCCCGAACGGGCCGCCGCCGUCGCCGCCCGCGCGCUCCGACAGCAUGGCCGACUCGGGGCCCGCGUCCUCGAGCCCCUCGCCUCCGACGUCGGGCUCGCCUCCCUCUGCGAGCCCCGGGGAGGGCGGCGGGGGAGGAGCCAAGCCCAAGGGAGCCGCGCAGCCUCCGCAGCCGACGCGGAGGAGGACCGUGAAGGGAAAGCAAGCCGAGAGGAAAGACGAAGGCGCUGCCGCAGACGGUGGGGGGCGGGGCGAGGCCGCGGACAAGGGGUCGCGGAGCCCGCUGAUGUCACCUGGAGCCUCCCCCCGGGUGCUCAGGAGAGAUGACGUCAUCCCCCCACCCCCUGUGCCCCCCAGGAAGGCCAGCCCGGCCCCCAGCCCCCCUUCGACCCCCUCCAUGCCGCACAGACUCGGCCUCCACGACCUCGACGACGAAGAGGAGCUGGAGCUUCCCCCCGCCCCCCCGCGGACGCUCUCCUCCUCCACCCUCUCCACGCCCAUGGUCGUCAACGCGCCCGCGACGCCCAUCACGCCCAUGUCGCCG